AUGUGGUAUCAAACUAUUGUACAUAAUCGAUUCCUCAGUCAAGUUAAUGAACAAAUCGGUCCAUUAAUUCAUCGUCUCACACCAAAAUAUAUUGAUUUGGUAAAAGUUGCGAAUUCUAAAGAAUGUGAACUGUCUUUACUAAAGAAUUUACGAAGAAUAAUUAAUGAAAACAAAUGUGCUGCAUGUCAGAGAGCCCGUAAUGCUUCAACUACUAAAAUUACCUUUCCUACUAAUGGUAAUCAACAGACGUUAGAAAAUCCGAUUGAUUGGUUAAAUAAUCAUGUGUGGUUUAAUUUAUUUUCAGAGCCUAAGGAUGACAAUGUUAUUAAAAUGCGUUUCGGAAAUGCAGAUGAUAUUACUCAAAAAACAUUCACUGAUGUACGUGAAGAUGACUACAAACAAAUCAAUGCCAAAAUUAAAGAAAUUCGUCAAAAGAAUUUUGUCAGACAAUACAUGUACACAAAAUGAACUCUAUUAUUUUAAAUGUAACAGAAUACUGUGAUGACCAACUUGGUUGUCAUUAAUUUAUUAUUCUUUUUGUAAGACUAUCACUUUGAUGUUUCUAGAUUUUUGUUUAUUUGUAUGUCCCUUUUUAGUCUUCGUCUUAUUCACAGCAAAACUAGUGGUUUAUUUCUCAAUUUUUAACAGUAAACUUAUUUCUUAAACAAUCAAACGACAUCGAAGUUUUUUUGACGAGAUAACUGUUGCUAAAUCACAAGGUUCUACAAAUUAUCAAUUAUGACAAACUAUUAAAUACUUUAAAUCCUGGUUUAAAUAUAGCUGACAUUUGUAUGCGAGAUGUACUCACAAUUAACGCGC